AUGCCACGGCGAAUGACUGUUGGAUCCGGCGCGCGGGACAUGCGCCGCAGCAAGCGCUGCACAAAGUCCGAGGCGAAGAAGGAGGCCCACGAGCUGGCAGACAAGUAUGGCAGGGACAAGUGCGCCACGUACAAGGAGCUCGCAGACAUGUUCCCCAUGGACGACGAGCAGGAUGGUGAGCCUGACAUCUUCGAUUUGUAUGACAACGUCAAGGAGGACGCAGACGAGGAAGACGCUGCUGAGGCGUCGACCUCGCAGGACGCUGGCCAAGCGUCUGGUGAAGAUGCUGCAGAGACGUCCACGUCCUCGUCCCAGGGCGGCGCCUCCAAGCCCAAGAAGACCAAGGGCAAGAAGGUCAAGUGGCCAAAGCUCCAGGACAAGGUCGAGAAGGAGCGUCAAGCCAUCAUGGAGGAAGCAAAGCGCCUUGGCGACAGCCGCACGGAGCCCGAUCCCCGCCACAUCAUCAUCAUCUACAACCCAGUCUCAGGCAACGG